AUGGAGGAAUUGAUUUUGUUACUAAUACUAACACUUUCUGCAAUUGCUGUUUACGACUGGACAUUCAAUGUGCUGUGGUUUAAAGUGGACGUUCUCUUUGAAUAUGUGACGGUCUCUCCAAAUAAGCAUUUGAGAUCCUUGAAUUCGAAAUGGGAUAAACCGCAAAACGUUUCCAACAGCAAUUCGUUUAUGCAAAACUUUUAUGCGGAGUACUCGGUGUCAUCGAAGACGAUGUCAACGUUGAUGAGAAUGCUAUUCUCAGCCGCAAUGGUUUGUUAUACAGUAACCAUCGAAAUUGUUUUAUGGCAGAUAAAGACUGUAGAUAUGGAUCAACAAGCUGGUCCCAUUAUCAGAUUUAUAUGGCCUUCCAUGGCGUGGUCGUUAUCCAUAAUAUUACUUUUGAUCCAACCUUUUUUCAUUAUCAUAUCACUGCUUAACAAGUUCUUCAAAGACUCGUUCGACAUUGACAGAUUGGUUAUCGCCACCACUGCGCUACUGGCAACAUUUAUUAUAAUUUUGACACUACUGGAUAUCGGGCCAUUCGUGUACUCUCGAAAUAUUCUAACAAGAUUAUCCGUUGGAGGUGUUGCUUUAAUGGGAGUAUUGUCUGGUAUUGCAUGUGUGUCUACAGUUUACUACACUUUUCUUUUCUUCUGGGAUAAAUAUAUUGAACAAUCUCGAUCAGGUUUGGCCCUUAAUAGAUCAAGCAAUAGUUUCCAGAAAGAUAAAUUUUUGAUAUGGGCGUCUAGGACUAUUCUGAAACAAAAAGCAGAAGAUUACGAAAAUCGAAUACAAAGCAUGGUAAACGCUUUAGAUAAAAAGGAGCAAGGGUCACCUCCAGAAAAUAGGACGAAAUGUUUGGAAAUGAUUGGGCGCUACCAACUAAAUUUGAGUAAGAUUCAAACUGCUUUGAAGAGACCCCAAUUUAUCAUAAACGCACGGAGGAUAAUUGAGGGUGGGUUUUUUAUCUACUGUUUCUAUAAGAUGGCAUUUACGCUACUUGUAAGAAUACCCAAAAUCAUCAAGCAUUUUGUAAAGUUUCCAGGUGACUACGAGUAUGAAUAUUUCCAAAAUCGCUCUGAUCCUUUGGCUGUGACAAUUGCGAAUAUAUUGGAUAUAUUAUUAUUCCACUUUAAUUAUCAGCACGACCUAGACUCACUAACAAAUCAAAUAUCAUUGUUUUUAUCAGCUUCGCUCUUCAUGUGUUCGCUUUCGGCCGUCAAUACUACAAUCAUGUUUAUCUCAGGACUUUUACCAGUGAAAUUUCAAUUAGUGGCGAUGUUUGGUCUCGACGAUAACGAAAAUGAACUUCCCUCUUUCCACAACGAGAAAACAAAAAAGAAACCAUCAAUGAUCAAAAAUUUACUGGUAUCGGAGCUUACAGGUAUCUAUGUGGUGGCAACAAUCUUGAUGAUAAGAUCAAAUUUACCUUUCGAUGUUUCAGUCAAAUUGAAGACUUUGCUAGGGGAAAAAUUUACCGUGCCAAAUCUAGCAAUCGACUGCUGGUUUGAUGAGAUAUUUAUAGUAUCAUGCAUGCUGACCAUCUCCUUUAUCAAGUUGGCAGAACGUACGCUCUUUAUUCCAAAACGGAAUAACAGUGAGUAUACCUGA